AUGACAAGCGUCAAGGAAGCCGUCAAAGAGUCCUUGGUCGGCGCCACUGUCGACGAGCCCAACCUGUCCAGGCAGGUCAAGGCCAACUUCCUCAAGCAUGCUCGCAAGGAUGCCGAAACUGGCGAGCUGUACAUGACCGAGCCCGACUUUGUCGAGGCCAUCGCUCCCAAGCACGAGGACUACCACAAGAUCAAACGUGAACACUAUGGUAUCCUUUUCAGAGUCGCCGAUUCCCGCCGGUCCGGUCGAAUCAACGUCCACGACUGGGCUACCUUCGAGAACCUGCUCACAAAGCCCGAUGCCGAGUACGAGAUUGCCUUCCGCCUCUUCGAUACCGAUGGGACGGGCACCGUCAAGUGGGAGAACUUCCAGAAGCUAUACAACGAGAACAAGACACAGGAGAGCAUACCCUUUGACUGGAACUCUGAGUGGGCGGCUCUGUACACUGGAAAGACCAAGACCCGGCACGACAUGACAUACCCCCAAUUCGCGCAGAUGCUGAGAGGCUUGCAAGGGGAGCGCAUCCGACAGGCCUUCCACGUGUUCGACAAGGAUGGCGACGGCUACAUCGACCCGGAAGAUUUCCAGCGUAUCAUCCUGGAGACCUCCAAGCACAAGCUGUCGGACUAUGUGCUGGAAAACCUUCCGAGUCUGUGCAACAUCUCCGCGGGCACCAAGAUCUCAUAUGCUACUGUUCGUGCGUUCCAAAACGUGAUGCGCGAGAUGGACAUGAUCGACUUAGUUAUUCGCGAGGCCACGGACAAGAGCGACGAUGGUAAGAUUACGCGUUCCGAUUUCCUCAAUGCCGCCGCUCGCCUUACGCGAUUCUCCCUCUUCACCCCUAUGGAGGCCGAUAUCCUGUUCCACUUUGCCGGUCUCGAUGCGCCCUCUGGCCGUCUUUCGAAAAAGGACUUUUCCAAAGUCAUUGAUGCAUCGUGGCGCAUUCCCGUCGCGGCUGCUGGACAGGCCAUUACUACUGCGACCGGCGCUGCGCAGAAAGCUGCUGAUACGACAAAGUCCCUGCUUCACGGUGUUCUUGAGUCUGCCCACCACUUUGCGCUAGGCAGUCUUGCGGGUGCCUUUGGUGCUUUCAUGGUGUACCCCAUUGAUCUUGUCAAGACGCGGAUGCAAAACCAGCGCUCGAGCCGUGUCGGUGAGAGACUGUACAAUAACUCGAUGGACUGCGCCCGGAAAGUCAUUCGCAACGAGGGUUUCACGGGUCUUUACUCGGGUGUUAUUCCUCAGCUGAUCGGUGUCGCGCCUGAGAAGGCCAUCAAGCUGACUGUCAACGACCUUGCUCGUGGAUUCUUCUCCAACAAAGAGAACGGCAAGAUCAAGACCUACCAGGAGGUUAUUUCCGGUGGUACUGCGGGUGCUUGUCAAGUUGUUUUCACCAACCCAUUGGAAAUCGUCAAGAUUCGCCUGCAGGUCCAGGGUGAGAUCGCCAAGAACGUCGAGGGAGCCCCUCGCCGUUCCGCGCUUUGGAUCGUCAAGAACUUGGGUCUGGUCGGUUUGUACAAGGGUGCCAGCGCCUGUUUGCUCCGUGACGUCCCCUUCUCCGCCAUCUACUUCCCUACAUACUCCCACCUCAAAACCGACUUCUUCGGAGAAUCCCGAACGCACAAGCUCGGCGUCGUCCAGCUCCUCACCGCCGGUGCGAUCGCCGGUAUGCCCGCUGCCUACCUUACAACGCCCUGCGACGUGAUCAAGACCCGUCUCCAGGUCGAAGCUCGCAAGGGCGAGAAGGCAUACACCGGUCUGCGCCAAUGCGCGGCAUCAAUAUUGAAGGACGAGGGUUUCAAGGCCUUCUUCAAGGGUGGUCCCGCUCGUAUCCUGCGUUCAUCACCACAGUUCGGUUUCACUCUUGCUGCCUACGAAGUCCUCCAGAAGUGGCUCCCAAUGCCCGGCACCCAGGAGGUCUCCCCUACCGGCCAGGUUGAGCCCGGUGUCGGCGUACCCGUCGCCAAAGAACCCCUCCCUUACCUUCGAUCAAGGAACGCCCUGAAACUCAUCCUCGACCUCGACGAGAACAUUGGCCGCGUCCCUAUCCCCGACACCCAGCGGUGGCCUAAGUUGAUCCGGCCCACAGGCCAAUAG